UUAGUUAUAUUUCAUCCGUUGCCAGUGCACGUGAAAAUGUGAGGUUACUAAACUCGUGAAAGAUAUGAGUUCUAUCAGAUAAGUUUUUAGAUUUUAAUUUAGGUAUAAUUUUCUUUUGAAGUAUUAAUUCACUGAUUGAAAAAACAUCGAUUACUUUAUUGGUUUCUAAUAUAUCUUAUCAAUGAACAAUGAUAUUUAAAAAAAAACAGCGCUUACGAUUCACCACGCAGACUUUAAUAGUGUUAUUUUUAAUCUGCUUUCAUGGAAUAGAACUAAUUGAAUCUGCCAAUAUUUUAGUAUUUACUCCGUCGCCCUGGAAGAGUCAUGUUGUGUCAUUUGAACCACUUUUCUUUGAAUUAUCAAAUCGAGGCCACAAUGUAACUAUUGUCACAAAAUUUCCGGCUAAGAAUCCACCGCCAAACUACAAUCAAGUGGUAGUGACUUAUGACUUUGAUGCAUCAAAUUUUUUGAUGAAAGAGCGUGGAAUGUUCUUUUUUUUGCUCGAGUUGUAUUUACGGGACCAAAUAGCCGCUUUCAAUACUAACUUGUAUUUGUCAUCGAAAGACAUUCAAGCAUUUAUAAAGGAAGAUAAAUCAAGAUUUGAUUUGGUUAUAUUAGAAUCAUUUUACCAGGAAUGCACAGUUUCUCUGGGCCAUAAGUAUGACGCUCCAGUGAUAAAUCUGAUUCCAGUACCGCCAUGGACAACUACAUCACAGUGGGCUGCAAACCCAUCAGAUAUUUCAUACAUUAAGGAUUUUGUGAUUAACGCUGGUAAAUUGAUGAAUUUUCACGAACGAUGUAUAAAUACAAUUUACAGUAUGUACAAUUGGCUGAUAGAGCCCAUUAGUUACUUUUCAAAAAUGGAAAACACGAUGAAUAAAUAUUUUCAAUAUGCCGGAUUUGAAAAUCGACCCUCAAUGAAAAAUAUGCUCAAGAAUGUUUCACUAAACCUAGUCGAUUCCGAUGUUAUGAUACUCAGUCCACGUCCUUAUGUUCCAAGUUUUAUCGAAGUUUCAGGUAUUCAUAUUCGGCCGACUAAAUCAAUGAGCAAGGAAUUAAAAGAUUUUAUGGAUAACGCGACAUCAGGAGUAAUAUAUUUCAAUUUUGGCACUAUAUUAAACGUAACCGACAUACCAAAAGAUUCUUUUGAUUCCUUAGUUACAGUGUUGGGUCGUUUGAAUCAAAAAAUUAUUUUUAAAUGGAUUAAUAAAGAUACUUCAAGUUUUCCUAAUAACUUUUACGUCGACUCUUGGUUACCACAGAUGGAGAUUUUAAAUCAUUCUAAUUGUAGGCUUUUUAUCACACACGGAGGAGUUCACGGGUUAAUAGAAUCCUUACUGGCCGGUGUACCUAUAAUAGGAUUUCCAGUUUUUGGGGAUCAAUUUGUGAAUAUUAGAGCUACUGUUGAUGAUGGAUAUGGAAUAAUAGGAAAUAUAUUUCAUUUAACUGAAAAAAAAAUGGAAAAUUAUGUUAAUCGCAUUUUGACUGAUAAAAAGUAUAGUGAAAAUGCUAAGAGAGUUUCAGCUAUUUUUCGAGAUAAACCCAUGUCAGCAGUUGAUAAGGCAAUUUAUUGGGUAGAGUACGUUAUCAGACACAACGGCGCACAUAAUUUAAAAACAGCGGCUGUACAUUUACCUUGGUAUCAAUAUUAUUUAAUAGAUGUCAUUGUACUUAUGAUGUCUAUUGUAGUCAUCAUAAUUUAUUUUGUUAGUUUAAUGUGCAAGUGUUUGAAAAAAUUAUUGGUAUCAUUUAUAAAAAAUAAACAAAAAAAGCUAUAAUGAAA